CAGACUUUCACCAGACAGCAGUGAAGGGGGAAAACACCUCUCUGCCCCAUGGCUGUAGCAACCCUUUAAAUGGACAUAAUUAUUAAAGUGGAAAUGGAGAAGCUGAAAAAUCCAAUGACCAGCCCCUUCAAAGGAAAGGACAUCACAGCUUUGGCUUGGAAACUGAAACAUGUGGCUUUGGACACUCCUCUUCAGUUCAGCGCUCUGGCCUUGAGGCCCCAAUCGAAGAGCACUGCUCGGUUUGGCAGCCUCAGCCAUCACUCUUUCUUCUCCCGGCAUAAUCCCCACCCGCAACGAGUGACUCAUAUCCAAGGCUUGAAUGGUGCUCCUGUUUGCACAGUUAAUGAUGAAUGGACCAUUCUUCCACCACAUCCACAUCCAAUGAUAAAAAGUCAGAUCUGUACUUCUGUUUUGGGGGUUCAUGGGAUCCAAAGGCCUAUUGGAGAUCCACAGCCUAUUCCAGUCCCCAGGCUAUCAAUAGGCUCUUUGUCAGAUGCAUGGCGAGAAGAACUGAAGGAGCUCGCUGCAAGAGUGACUGCUACUUCUUUUACUAAAAAGGAGAAAAAGGAGACAACCGAGAAGUCACGAAGAGAGACACAAUACUCAGAAGAAACAGGACGCCUUAUUCCUCCUCCUUCUCGAGCCAUAACUCGUCAUUCAUCCCAUCGCACACAUAAGAACAAUGCCAAGAACAGAAGCAAAGAUGCUACUCUGGCUUUUCAGGACCAAGAACUGAUAAUUUUGGAAAUGCUGUGUCAGAUCCUGCAGACAGACUCCUUGACUGCUAUUCAGCAAUGGCUUCUCACUGCUGCUCAAAGGGAUAAAGAUCUUGUCAUGGGAUUGUUGCAGAUUGCCACAGCCAACCUUCAGACACAGGAGUGGGCCACUAGUAUGGAAGAGAGUUGUCCACAGUUGUCCCCAAAUACCUCAAGCUGCUCUUCUAGCCUAUACAACCUUGGGAAAAAUCACUUGAGAAGAGUGUGUGUAAAAACACAAAAGCCAGAGCCUAUCCCAGAAGAAGAGAAACCAGUACAUGUCGGCACUGCAGAAGUUCUUCAGUUCCACUCAAACAUGAAUGAAAAGCAAAAACAACCAGCUAAAUAGAAGAAAAAAGACGUUCUUCCUGCAGCUCCAGUACUUGCUGUUGCUUCUUGACUGUUUCCCUCCUGGUAUUCAGCAAAUGGCAACAUGAAACAGUCCAGCAUUAGAAAAUGGGUUAUACUGUUUCGUAGUAUAUAUAUAUAUUAUAAUGUGAGCAUUUUAGGGAUUGACAGUUUCUUUACUGAGACACAAGUAUUUUGAGGAUGCCUCCAGAUGGACAAAAGUUAAUGCUACCAAUCAAAAUGUACUAUAUCGUAUUUCUCUUUUUCUCUUUAACAGAUUUGCCAUUAAAAUAACAAUGACGCAAGAAACAGUGAGGGUUAUAAAUGGAACGCAGCAUAUUAAGGAAUUCUCCAUUCACUCCCAUCCAAUAGUGCAAUUGCAUGAUUUUUUUUUUUACUACAACCACUUGUAACUCAUGGCCCUAUCCUAUAGAGCAGGCGUCCUCAAACUAAGGCGCGGGGGCUGGAUAUGGUCCUCCAAGGUCAUUUAUUCGACCCUCGCUCAGGGUCAACCUAAGCCUGAAAUGGCUUGAAAGCACACAACAACAACAACAACAAUCCCAUCUCAUCAGCCAAAAGCAGGCCCACACUUCCCAUUGAAAUACGAAUAAGUUUAUAUUUGUCAAAAUUGUUCUUCAUUUGAAUUAUUGUAUUGUUUUAAAGUGUUUUUUGCACUACAAAUGAGAUAUGUGCAGUGUGCAUAGGAAUUUAUUCAUUAUUUUUUUCAAAUUAUAAUCUGGCCCUCCAACAGUUAGUGGGACUGUGACCUGGCUCUCUGUUUGAAAAGUUUGAGGACUCCUGCUGUAGAGAUUCAAAAUAUGCUGUUUAGUAAGGUAUUUUCCAUUUAUGGCUAGAGAGCUCUAGGGCUACAAUAGCUACGAGUCUAAUAUUUCACCAAACUACGAGAGGUAUUUUUUAAGUAAGGUCCGUUGGAACAUAAGUACACAACGAAAGUUUAUUUCUAAAAAGUAAAUUUAUUUUCAGAAAGUACAUACUUCACUCUAUUUUUUGACAUAGUUGCCAAGUUUGUUCAAACACUUAUCGUACCUCUGAACCAAUUUUAAAAUACCCUCUUCAUAAAAACUUGCCGCCUGCUCCGAUAACCAAGAGUUCACCAAAUCGUCUGUAAUCAAAGAAGGGCGACCGGAGCGGUCCUCAUCAUGGACGUUGUCACAGCCAUCUUUGAAUUGUCGUACCCACUUACGCACUUUGCUUUCACUCAUAACAGUAUCACCGUACACUUCACAAAUCUGUCGAUGAAUUUCUGCAGCAGGCAGGUUCCUUGCUGACAAAAAUCGUAUCACUGAGCGAACCUGACAUGCGGAGGGUGAGUUGAUAGUCUUAAACAUUUUUAAAGCACAGAACAGAACCGUACAGGUUAGCUACAGAGCGGAAACUGAGCACAGUUGUUCCCGAGGCAUGCCGGUACAUGACGCACGCGUUCAUUGCGGUAUGCGCGCGAACUACUAGUGUCUACAACAAAAUGGACCUUACUUAAAAAAAUACCCCUCGUACAAUUCUCUAGAGUUUAUAAAAUGGACCUUCUACAACUAUGAUGUGAUGAUACCCUUUGAAAUUCUUGAAAAGAUCUGGAUCUGCUAUAUGCUACUGUUCCAUCUUAGUAUUUGACAAAAUCCAUCAAGGAUGCAUUGCAUAUUAAAUCUAGUAGACAUACAAUUGAUGAUACAGUCCCUAUUAUGGGAUGACUGUGAGAUCAGUAAAUAAGAGUGGAUAGUGAUUUAAAUAUGUAGUCAGUUUAGACUGAUUUGCAGGCUUUAUUGCAUGCUGAAGUAUGACUAUCACAUUUCCAAAGUUUUGAAGAAAUAUAUAAGCUUGAUAUUAUCCCUGGGGCUUAUAAGGCAUAGGCCCAAGACUGUGAUCUUUUUCAGGUCAAUGAUCUUACUAUUCUGUUGUUAAGCAGCAGAAUAAAAAAAAAAGCCUGAUUGCAGAGGACAGGAAGAGGAAUGUGCUAUAGGAAAC